GGCUAUUGUUUAAUUGUAAGUUAUCAUGGCUCGAGUUGAGGAGUGCAAAAAACUAUUUUAUAAGUUUAGUCGAGAGGGAAAUUGUUAUGACCGAAAUUUAGAGAAGGCCGAAUUGGUGUCAAUUAGUGAAGGGAAAAGCUCAGUUGAGCUAAAACUUGAAGAACGACACACGAAUCAGUAUGGUUGGAUGCAUGGAGCUUUUGCUGCAACAUUAGUCGAUUGUUGUACUUCUCUGGCCUUGUUUACGAAACAUUCCGGGUUUAUUGCAUCGGUUGAUAUUCAUAUUAAUUACUUGAAGUCUGCAAAAAGAAAUGAUGUAAUUGUAGUAGAUUGCAAUGUAAUUAAUAUGGGCCUUACUUUAGCUUUUGUUGAAGCUACAAUAAAAAAUAAGGCAAAUGGGCAUAUUUUGGUGAAAGCAACACACACACUAUACUUAUCGCAAUAAAUUUAAUCUUAACGAA